CUUCCGCUAAGUCUCCUCAAUGCCGCACAAGGCUCGGCAAUGCUGGUCGAACUCAAAAACGGCGAAACUCUGAACGGCCACCUGGUUGCAUGCGACACUUACAUGAACCUCACUUUGAAGGAGGUCGUACAGACGUCAGCAGACGGCGACAAAUUCUUUCGCGUACCGGAAUGCUACGUGCGAGGGAACAAUAUCAAAUACCUUCGCGUACCAGACAACGUCGUGGAUAAAGUCAAGGAGCAGCAGGCACAGCAGCAACAGCAAAGACAACAGCAAAAUCAACAAGGCAACUCUGAUCACCACGGAGGAAGAGGCGAUCGGGGAGGCGGGCGAGGUAUGAACCGUGGAGGAAGAGGCGGCCGUGGCGGUCGCGGACGGGGCGGUUCAUGA